GAACAAAAUCGAUCUGGUUCUAUUUCCAUACACAUCUUAGUACCUGUAAUUUUCUAAAUAUUUGUAUCGAUUGUUUCCUAGCAAUAUACUGACUCACGAACUAGGGUAAAACAUUGUGUGUGUUUUUUACCCAGAAUAAAGCGACGCGCUGCAGGAGACUGACUGUCCUUCAAAAAAAAAAAAUGUUUUGUCGGAAAAUAAUGAUGCAGUGAAGCUUGAAGAGGAAACUAAAUUUUUUAUAACAUAUCAUUGCUGUCGGUUAUAGUGUAUAUGACGCGCAAAUAUGUAUCUCGGGGUGAUUGUCACAGUUUUUAUUUUCGCUAAAACACAAGCCGUGUCGCCGGUAAUCGAAGUGGAAGGGGAUCCAGCAAUCGCAAUCGUAUUGGAAAAUUGUAGAAAUAACACCCAAGUGAUUCCUUAUAGGAAACAAUCCAUAGUGUCGACGGCGAUAUGGACUACAGAUAGAAUCAACUUUCUAGAAUAUUUGGCGCCGAUGAAGAUUGGACUAAAAGUGUUCGAAACGUGCACUACGAACGAUCACUUCAAAACUGUAUUCGAUUUAUACAACCAAAAUGAAACUUACUAUCUUGGAAUUAUCACCGAGAAAAAACUGAAUGAAAGAUUGUUAAAAUUCGACGAUUUAUUGGAUCUACGAACCGUACCCGUAUCUACACAUUAUCAUUUCUUGAUUAAAGCUGCUAUUAAAUCAUUAAUCAUCUUAGGUUGGACGGAAAAUGUGUCAAUUUUAGCUCCAGACGAAUCGAUCGUUAGUGAAUUUUAUAAACUAUCAAAACCUGCGUUCGUUUGUAUUAAACAAUGUAUUGUUUACGAAAAUAUUUGUCCGAUAGGAUUCAACGGCACUACACCAUUUAUAUUUUUCGGAAAUAUCGAACAAAUCGAUCAAUUCGUAAAAUCACAAGAAUUUUUUCUGUAUGCAGAAAAUUUCAAUGGUUUAUUCGUCCCUCUAGACGAGUCUGUUCCUCAAGAUUUACCCGAUAAUAGUUUUGUCAUCAUACCCCCUUACCAUCCAGCAUCAACGAAAUUCAAAACGUCUGAAAACAUUUUACCUUCCUCUUUAUUCUUAUCCACAGCGAAAAUUAUUUUAACGUUUUCAAAAAACAUCGAAAAUUUCAUUGAAAAGCAAUGCAACGAUACUUCGUAUAAAGUAAAUUGCUUGAGAAACAAAUUCGAUAAAAAAUACGGGCCGAUAUUGAUGACCCCGCAGAGUAUCGUCGAAAUAUUAAAAAUAGAGCCAUUAAUGCCAAAUUUCAUCUACGAUAUUUAUAAAGUGGAAAAUAUAACUGCAUUAUCUACCAGGAAUAACUUUUUACAACCUUUCACAAAAAUAUUCUCGUAUAAUAUAUUUUACGACAAUUUAACAAUAAUAGAUCAAAGAUUCGAAGAAGGAAAUACCACUUUGGAGAAUAUUAGUGGUAAUUGUUUACAUUUAAUAUCUGAGAAACGUUUCAAUUUCCUGUUCAAACCGAUACCAAACCUUUCCUUCAGAACUGAAGCUUGGGUUUACGCGUUCCUCUCCUUAUCUCUUCUUGGAGUAUUAUUCUGUAUGUCCAUUAUAAUAUUUUUAUUAGUAUGUAUCUGCAGAAGAGAUAUUUUAGAAGGUAAUCCAAUUUUAACUAUAUUUUUAUUAGUAGCGAUCAUGGUGUUAUUUUGUUCGGUUCUACCUUUCAGCUUAGACGAAAUCAACAACUCUCUCUGUCUAGUUAAAUCCUUAUCUAUAACACUGGGUUACGCGUCAGUAUUUUCUUUACUUCUUUCUAGAUGCAUUCUCCUCGCUACAGCUUCCAAAGAAAUAGGAUUUAUGUCACACAUAGCCGGAUCGGUUCAAGCUUUCUUAAGCCUGUUUAUAUUCGGCGUACAAGCCGCUCUCAGUUUACAGUUAAUAGGUAAAUGCGCCUCUAUUUUCGCGAGAGCUUCUUUUAUCUAUUUGAUGAGCUACAACAUAAUGCUAUUGAUGCUAUUAAUCUGUCUGUGUCCGUUGAUUUAUAAGUGCGAACGAAAUUACAAGGAAGGAAAAUAUUUUUGCGUAACCAUUUUAUCAACUGGUCUAGUUUGGAUGUUGUGGUUACCACUGUACAUGUUUCUGGAUGAAAUUUGGGCGGAACCAAUGCUUUGUCUUGGAUUAAUUGGAACGGCGGGGGUAUUUCUUGGCGCGAUAUUCAUACCGAGGACAUACUUGAUGACCAUCGCAGCAGCUAAGAACAAAAUAACUAGUACUUUACCUUCCAUGAAUACUGCCAAUAGUAUUGUGGAUAUUUACAGGACCAAUACACAGCCUAUUUAUGACUGCGUGAAUGUGGCAGCCAUAAAUGCAGUAACAGUCGCCAGGGCCGGCGUUACUUGCGGAACUCAACAGAAUGGACAGCAACCGGAUCUGUAUUCAUGUCCAGCAUUACCAGAAAACGAAGACUUAGAUUUUCGAUGCGAUACUCCAACGCAUAACGAUGACAAAAUUACUAGAUUUUAAAAAAUAAUGUAAAUAUUACAAAGACAUUUAUUGUGUUAUGAAGUAUUUUUAAAACAAUCAAAAACAGAUGUGCUAGAAUCGAGAUAAGCGAUUUUAUAAGAAUUUUAGGAGAUUGUAAAAUCAACGAGUGUUUUUGAUUUGAAAAAUUGACUGAUUAUUGUGUAAAUUAUAUACAUAGCGUUUUCAAAAAUCCUAUUUAAAAAUACAUAUUCUUCAAAACUACGGCUACGUACCUAACCUGGAGAACAAUGUCUGUAUUUCUUUGAAACCAAUAGAAGUGUAAGUAAAAAAGAAAAGAGUCGAUACAAAGAUAAAAAGAAACAAAUAUUUCUUCUUUAUUUUGACUUCUUGUAUUUAGUCAACACCUAAAAAGCCAUAGUAUAUCCGUCUUUUUGUAGAACAGGCAUAUACAUGUUCUCAAAAGUGUCUUAUCGUAUGAGGAAAUUUUUACUUUACUUUAAAGAAACCCCCCUCAAACAUAUUUUAAGUAAAACAAAAUUUUUCUUAUUAUACAACAAACGAACAAUGUUAGUACAAACACAAAUCGACCCAAGCCUGGAAAAAUAAGUGCAUUCACUUACAACCCAGAAUUUUAUUUUCUUUAUACAAAAAGUAUAUACUCACUCGGUAUUUGACAAUUAGUUUCAAGGAUAGAAUCAAUUAUUUUCUUUACGACCCUACAAAUCUCUCUUCAAAUAUUACCAUCAAAUAAA